GGGAAGAUGGCGACUGUGUACAUGAUGCGAAACUGAAUGGACGAAAAGCAGUCCAGAAUUCGUACAAUUCCCCCCUCUUCCCUCCUUCACAUCCCGCUCCGCACUCAUCCACAUGCGUUUACAUUCAAAUCAACGACUUUUUAACCUAGUGUGAUGAACUAGGAUGAUAAUAUGACCCAGAAAAAGAAGAAGCGAGUGAAUCGCAGUUUGUUACUGGCGAAAAAAAUCAUCAUCAAGGAUGGAGGAACGCCUCAAGGGUUUGGGUCUCCGAGCGUUUAUCAUGCUGUCAUUGUCAUAUUUCUGGAGUUCUUUGCUUGGGGUUUACUGACAGCACCUACUUUGGGAGCUCUUCAUGAAACAUUCCCAAAGCACACGUUUCUCAUGAAUGGCUUGAUUCAGGGAGUCAAGGGUCUUCUGUCAUUUUUAAGUGCUCCUCUGAUUGGUGCUCUCUCUGACGUGUGGGGGAGAAAGUCAUUUCUUUUACUCACUGUGUUCUUCACAUGUGCUCCUAUUCCUUUAAUGAAGAUAAGCCCAUGGUGGUACUUUGCGGUUAUCUCUGUAUCUGGAGUGUUUGCAGUUACCUUUUCGGUUAUUUUUGCCUACGUGGCCGACAUCACCCAAGAACAUGAGCGCAGUAUGGCAUAUGGCAUGGUUUCGGCUACGUUUGCAGCGAGUCUCGUGAUAAGCCCGGCAAUCGGCGCAUAUCUAAGUCAGGUCUAUGGAGACAGUCUGGUUGUGGUUCUGGCUUCAGCCAUCGCUAUGCUGGACAUUUGCUUUAUCCUAGUGGCUGUGCCUGAAUCGCUUCCUGAGAAAAUGAGACCAGCGUCCUGGGGUGCCCCAAUAUCAUGGGAACAAGCAGACCCCUUUGCUUCUCUGAGGAAAGUGGGUCAGGACUCAACGGUUCUGCUUAUCUGUAUAACAGUGUUCCUGUCUUAUCUGCCUGAGGCUGGACAAUACUCCAGCUUCUUCCUGUAUCUGCAACAGAUAAUGGGAUUCUCACCUGAAAGUGUUGCAGCUUUCAUUGCUGUUUUAGGAUUGCUGUCAAUUGUUGCACAGACUGUAGUAUUAAGUUUACUCAUGCGUUCCAUCGGGAACAAGAACACAAUCCUGCUGGGUCUGGGAUUUCAGAUUCUGCAGCUCGCCUGGUAUGGGUUCGGAUCGGAGCCAUGGAUGAUGUGGGCAGCUGGAGCUGUUGCCGCCAUGUCCAGUAUCACUUUUCCUGCUGUGAGCGCCCUGAUUUCCCGCAACGCCAAUCCUGAUCAGCAAGGUGUGGGUCAGGGUAUGGUCACAGGAAUCCGCGGGUUGUGUAACGGCCUCGGUCCGGCCCUCUAUGGUUUCAUCUUCUACAUCUUUCAUGUCGAGUUGGACCAGGUUCCAGAGAAAGGACCAGACGUACAGCACCACCACGAUCACCACCAACAGAGUGCAAUAAUUCCUGGACCGCCGUUCCUCUUUGGCGCAUGUUCUGUGCUCCUUGCGCUCCUGGUGGCCCUUUUCAUCCCCGAGCACCCUCAUAUGGGUGCUCGUGCGGGCAGCUGGAAGAAGCACAUGUCACCUCACGGGCACCCGCACAGUCCCCACCCACCCGGAGAGGCCAAAGAGCCCUUGCUACAGGACACUAACGUGUGAUUGGCUGUUUUGAUAUGGGCAUAUUGGUCACGCCCUCUAUCCAUUAAGGAAAGAGCUGCGCAUGGAGGCUGUUAUCGUAUAUUGAAAUGUAAAGCUAUAUCUGAGCAGUCCUCGGUCUUGUCUCAGUAGAUCUACUUUCAAGCCUAAUUUUACAGGAAUGUAGAUUUUCAUUGUCGGGACUAAACGUAUCUUGCUGUAUCAAAAAUAGAGCACCACUUUUUAAAGAAAUGUAUAUAGAAGAACAUAUAUUUAACGGCAGUUCUGUCCAAAAGCACUAUCGCAAUGGCUUGUAUUUAUUCAUUUUAUUAUUUUUUUUAUUUUAUUUUUUUGCCUCAUUUCUUUUUACUUUACUCUUUCUGACUUCUAGUUCUUCAUUACGAUAGCUCACUCAGGGACAUUAACCUAGUCAGGAAUGUUUCCGAACACAGUGUGUUCCCCAAUGAGAAGGGUCUGGUGUGGCGACAACACGCAUACAAAUAAUGGGCCUCGUUAAUGAAAUGUGAGCAGAGCGAAUUUCUGUACAUUUUUCAAUAAACCAUUCCUAUGAAUUCAAGCAGAAUUCAAAUUUGUUUUAAUAAAACAUUCGUAAAAAUUUGUGCAGAACGAAUUUGUAUAAAUAGUUUAAGCAGAGCUAAUUUUUGCGUAAAUUGUUCAUAAAAACCAUUCGCAAGAAUUUGAGUGGAACACAUUUGCGUAAAUUGUUCAUAAAACAUUCAUAAGAAGUCAAGCAUAAGAAAUAUGUAAAUUGAAAGAAUUCAAGCUGAACGAAUUAGCAUAAAACCGUUUGUUAAACCAGUCGUUAGAUUUCAAGCAGAACUAAUUUUUGCAGAAA